AUGCGUUUUCUUCUGCCGCAAUUGAUCUUGAUAAGAUUUUUCACUACUCCUUUCUCCCUUAAACCACUGUUUUUUCCUCCUUCAACAGGAAUAAUGUAUACUAAUUGUCUUUCUUAUAGCUCAAAGGUUUUAUGUUCCUUAAGACACAUGUCUACUGGGCCAAAAGCCCCAUUCUCUACUCCACAUGUGAAAGAUCGAAGCGCUGUGUCAUUUGAGAAGAACAUGCCACAAUUCGUCAAAAAGAAAGCUUGGGAGAAAACUGGGGAGGAUAAGGAGUCAUACUUCAAGAGAAAACAUGCACAUCAUCAUGUUUUACAAGCUCCACAUCGUGAAUUGACUGAGCUGAAAUAUAAGAGUUUUGAGGAGAAAAAUAAAAGAGAACGUCAAGAAAUUAUUCGCCAGCGUGAAGAAUAUCGUCAAUCAAAAUUGAAGUUUAGAGAGUUAAAAGCAAAUCCAUCAGUGGACUACAUUUUUGGUACAAACUCAGUGUUGGCAGCACUACAGGGUAAGAAAAGAGAAAAAUUUGGAAAAUUGUACAUUUACAACCCUAAAGAAACUAAUAAGGUUAAUGAGUUGCUAUCAUUAGCAAAGGAACUUCAUAUCCCAAUUACUGAAACUUCAAAGCAAGAUUUAAAUCAGUUAACAGAUAAUGCGGUACAUAAUGGUGUUGUUUUGGAAAGCAGGCCAUUGGACAUUCCAAAUGUCAAAUCCAUGACAAGCAAUUUCACUGAGUCAUCGUUUGAAGUUGUGUCAGGCGAUGAUUUACUCCAACUCAAUGAAAAGGUUGGAUACCAUACUAAUGCAUAUGGUAAGAGAUACCCAUUUGGACUGUAUUUAGAUGAAAUAUCAGAUCCUCAUAACGUUGGUGCAGUCCUUAGAUCUGCUUACUUCUUGGGUGUAGACUUCAUUUUAUUCAGUGAGAGAAACUGUGCCUCCUUGUCUCCUGUCGUUGCAAAGGCAAGUUCGGGUGCUCUAGAGUUUAUUGAUAUGUUCAAGGUUGAUAAACCACUGCAUUUUUUCGAUGAAAGUAAAAAACACGGUUGGAAGUUUGUAUCCACUGUUGCUCCAACUGAUUCAAGAAACAAGAAUAAGCAUGUCAACCCUGAAGCGGUUAGUGAUUUACUACAGGAAUCUCCAGUAAUUUUGGUUGUCGGUUCAGAAGGUACCGGUAUUCGUACAAAUUUAAUCAACAAAUCUGACUUCAUGGUUGCCAUCUCCAAUGGUAGAGAAAUGAACGCUUGUGUUGAUUCUCUGAACGUGUCGGUUGCAACUGCUCUCUUAAUAUCUAAGAUAUUACCAUGA